GUCUCCUUCGUAGCUGUGAAACCGGUAUAAUCAUUGGAGGAUUUUCUCGGCACAUCCCUGGUAUUUCAUAUUCUUGGUUUGUUCCGGAGUAGCAACAGGUGUAAAAAGGAACUUCAUAGCAAGUCAUAAAAGCCGACAGUUUAUCAACAUGAAGUCCUUUCGGAACCUGACACCUUUAAGGGGUUUCACCGUGUUAAUCGUCUUCUGCAGUCUGGCAAGAAGUUCCUACGCAUCAAAAGCUGCUUCCAGCCGACAAGAUAUUUCCAAACCACCUACAGAUAUGGUCGCUGCUGAAAGCAUCGCAGUGUCCAACUACAAAGUCCAGGCUUUGUCUUCAGCAGGUGACAGACGUUAUGGUUAUCCAUACGCAAUAGCCCCCACGCUUCCGCCGUUUCUGAAAGCUAGAUCAGAUGAUUUCGAGAAUGAAGCUUCUGACGAAGUAGAGCCUCGAGUAGUAGCUCUCAGUCCAGCCAAAACUUAUGGAAGUAGAAUCGAUUCCAAAGACAAUGGAAUUUCCUUGAAAAAGCAAAAGAAGACGAAAGUUCCUUACACUUAUGGCGCAACCCGUCGCCAAAGUUACGACGAGGACUCAUCCUCUGAGAGAACUUUCCAAGGAUAUCGGGAACCCAAGUACAGGAACUUUGAUGAAUUGGAAACGAGGUUCAUGCCGAGGCGAGUCGACUACAGCGUUCCUUACUCCGAGUACGCAUAUCCGAAAUCUCGAAGACCAGUUGUAUCUCCGAGAGACCCUUAUUUGACGCCUAGUACUGUUAAAACAGACACAUUUUAUCCUAAAGUAAACAGUUAUCCGUCUACAUACGGCAAAAGGGAUCCAAGUAUUACUUAUGGAGCAGGAAGAUAUGAAGAUCCCAACAACUACCACAGUGAACAUAUACACGGCGGUAAUUAUGGACUGGGAAAUAGCUAUGGAACAGGAAACAGCUAUGGACCUUCACCUUCAAAGUACCCAUCCGCAGGCGGCCAUUACGAAUACCAGGAAGAUUAUGCCAUUGAAAGUAACAAGCCCAUCAUUGGUGACAUAAGAAAAAGACUUUUGGAUUAUGCUGGAGCUUCUGACCUCUAUGAAGGAGAGCCUGAUUACUUAAGAGAGGUUGCACGGAACAAACACAAGUAUGGCACCUUAGGCAAUGAUUUUUAUUCAUAUGGUGGAUAUAAAUCAUCUUACGGAGAUUAUCCUUACGGAGAAUCGAAAGUAACUAUUGUUAAAAAAGCAAGAUCAUGAUCAAAAAACAGAUAUGUUUUUGAUAUGAAUUUGAAACAAAGUCCAACAUUCGUUUGGUGAAAGAGGAGGUGCCCUACUUUCAGCUUGAGUUACAGAGUUUCCAAACCUUCCCUAUUCAUCAGAAAGAUAGAUGAAGUAAUGAUGAAAAAUUUUCAUAAGAUAUUGACCAGAACAUCUACACUAGUUAAAUAUUGCAGAAUAACAGUAAAUACUUAGAAAAAAAUUUACAAUUUCCAUCUGAAACAAAAAUAGAAAGCUGGCUGAAAAUUUCACAUUUCAAAUUUUUUUUGAAAAGAAAAAACUAUUAGGAUAAAACUAUAUAGGACAUGUAAUCUUCAUUAAAUACUAUUAAACAAAGAAUGGAUUUCAGGCGAUGGCGCAUUAAAGAAACUUUCUGCUUGUGUUUGAACUUGCCCCCCAUAUGCAUGAAACUAUUUUAAUAUUAUUAUUAGCAUUAGAUGAAAUUUUGUCGUCUGAAUUAAGAUGUUUGCAUCUGUCAUAAAAUUCUCUUUUUAGUGGAAACAAACUGCUGAAACUAAAAAAGUUUAGUUGUAAAAUAUCCAACAUUGCUUAAAAUACAUUAAGCAACCUAAAAUAAAUGAAACACCACAAAAUGAUUUGUACCUUAUUUGAUUAAAAUAUUUCACUAAAAAAUUAAACAAAAAAAAUUGACUGUUAGGAGAAUGGUAGAGCAGCAGUUUGACUUCCAAAUGUUUAAUUUUCUCAAUGAAGAUUUCUCAUUAAUAACACGAAUCAAUAAACUAAGUCUUUUCUAUAACUUAUAUCUAACCAGUGCAACUAGUUGGGCAGGGGAGAUACCAUUUCCUGGACUAUUUGGUUUGUUACUGUAAGCGUAAAGCAAGUGUGUUUCAAAUCACCUUUUAUUUCCCUAAAAAAUUAAGUUUCCCCUAAUAUAUAUAUAUUUUUUCAACUUACAACACUUAGUAAACUUCCUCUUCCUUUAAGGCACAAAAUAUUUUGCCAAUGUUGUCAAAGAACUUAUGCUGAAAGUUGUAUUCAUUUUUUGUAAACUGUUAAAAAUUAUUGGAAUUGGUAUAAAAUUAUAUCUGACAUUUGUACAGAAGAGUUAUCAAAAUUCUAUUUUUAUUUUAAUAAAUGCAUAAAAAAGCGCAUUCAAAAUAGAAUUUUUGUGAGAAUUUGAUAAAUGUAUUUGUUUUUUUCCCUCUACAUGUGGUAUUGAUACAAAAGCAGAACAUCUUGAUGGACGUGUAAAUAAAAAAAAUUAGGCAAAUUGUGCCAUAAUAACAAUAAAAAUAUCUCUGAACAAUUAAUGUAUUCAUUUUCAUUGUGCAUUUCAUAAAGAGUUUGAAAUUUAGAAUUCUCUUACCAUUAACUCUUGUAUGCCACUGUAUGAAAUGUGAUAUUAAAAUAUUUUUAUGAUUCUU